AUGAAGGAAGAUGAGAAGAAAACAGAAAAGGGAAACGACUGGUUGACUGGGAUGCACCUGUCUGAGACCACAUCUUGCGUCUCCCACCUGCCUGAGCAACUUGGUGGGGGGAUGGAGGCAUCAGGGAAGAGAGGUCAGCACACACAAAGGGCCUUCUUCUCUUGCAUCAUUUUAAUCACCCUCUCUCUUCACAAGGCAGAUUACUGUCUUUCCUCCAAACUGUGCAAGAAGUGGUGGUGGCACGGGCAUGGCCUAGCUGCACAGUGGACCAAUCUCUCCGUAUUCUGCAGGUUUGUGUAA